AUGGACCCGAGCCCUCGUGCAACCAAGCAAGCCCGCUUGACAGGUUCUGCACUUGGUCCAGCCGAUACUCUGGUACGAGCACCUAACGCACUCUUCUAUGUCAACAAAUCGGAAGACAACAGAUGGGGACACAAUCCUCAUCAGUCUACGCGAAGGGCUUGUGUGCAGGAGUGUUGCAGCGAGAUCACAUCGCGCUGGGACUCUUCCGAUCUAACCAGACGCCGCCUUCCGCCCAGAGUUUUGUCGAUGAUGAAAACUAUCCGGCACGUUUUGGACAGUAUCUGGCUCGAGAAGGCUUUUAACGAACCGAGUAUGUCUACGAAGCCCUACAUGAUGCUAUAUGUGCCUCCGAUCAUCCUAGCAAUGUCUCUUGACUGGGAUUUGUCAUGCGCUUACCCUUUCUUGAAACGCCUCUGUCACGAACUGGAGAACGGCGUCGUUUGUGGCAAGGGAUCCGGGAAGAACGAUGAUAUUGACAUGGUUCUGUCUCUGGCAAGCAGCAUUUGGACAAAAGGCAACGUUAUUGAGCCUGUCCCCAUCUGUCCCGUCGUGGUCCACAACAGGACUCACAAAGACACGACAAGCCGCCUCAAGAAGUGGCUUGGUCCCAUAUGGACAGUCGGAAUUGCAAUCAAAGGUGAGAGCGACGUUGAACUUCACGAGGAGUCCGCCCACUCCAUCAAGUGGAACGAGGGUACCCGGGCAGUUACGCUUAUCCUCGCACACAUCAUCGGGUUAACAGCAGAUCGUUAUCGUGAAUGGCACCUUGAAAAAGGAGCAAAUCAACAGACGCUCGAGGAAGGAUGA